CGAUGUCAUAAAUGACCUAUAUUUGACUGAGAAAUGAAAAGGUGAAACUUGUAUGCGGAAAUGUCAGAAAACAAUAUGGCAUCGGGAGGAGAAGGAAACGCUGAAGGGUCUUUUACAGAUACCAUAGUGAAACAGCUAAUUGUGUUGUUAAAGGAUUUCAUCUGGAAGCAGAUCGAAAGACGUUCACUGGGUGAUGCUGAAAUGAUUCGGAAAGCACUGGAUGCACCACAGCUCUGUACUCCACAGAUGCAAAAAAUCUCUGACUGUCUCCAGGCUGUUGGAGAUCAAGUGGAUGGAGAUGUGAAAAGAGCAGUGAAAGAUCGAACAAUACGUCCCUCAAUAGACGACUACAUAAAAAUUGUCUGCGGAAUCUUUUCAGACGGUGAAAUCAACUGGGGCAGGGUGGUUACAGUAUUUUCCUUUACCUGCCUAUUUGUUUUGAAAGCAUAUGAAGACAACAUUUAUGACAUGAUAAAAAACAUAAUCAACUGGACCAUAGAUUAUUUCCGGAAUAAGGUUGUCAACUGGAUCAAAGAUCAAGGUGGUUGGGAGGGGAUUUACUCCCGCGUUGGCACUCCCACAUGGCAAAUGGUGUCAAUUUUUCUGGCUGGUGUUCUCACAACCCUUUUCAUCACCCACAAUGUGAAGCGCGCAUGAGGUGCAAAUGGAAGAACUAUGCAACAGUUGAAUGAGAAGAAAAUGGGCAUCUGGAAGACAAGUCAAACAAAUGGAACUCGUAUACAGGGAAGGAUUCUUUAUCUCCCAUUCGAUUGUGAGUUGGACUAGAAGUGCUCCUGUUUACAUGCACAAAAUCAGAGGGACUGGGAAGGAAAAAAAGUGAACUGAACAAUUUUUUGUUGAAAAAGCAGAGUUUCAGUAGAUGUCAUAACAUGUUGAAAAUGUAUUUACAUUUUUUUUGCACUUUUGGUACUUACUACAUUUUCCAAGUGUCUAGAACUGAAUAUUUAGUUCCAAGUUGUUUCAGAAACUAUCCCUACCUAACAUACUGUCAGUUCAUAUUUUGUGGAACAGGCACUGCUAUCCACUUCAAAGUUUGUGGACAUUUUAUUUGAAAUAUGCUGUCAAUUACACCUUCUGAGUCUGGGAGUUAAGCAUUUGUUCUAAACAAGUUCUAAUUACAUAGAUAUAUUACUUUUGAAAGACGUUGUCUUCUAACACCCUUAUUUAUUUGUCUAUUUCAGCAGUUUCUGACAACACAUCUACAAUUUUAAAAUUUAGUGAGUACCAUGGGAAGCACUGUUUGAUGGAAAAAAAAACAUGUCUGAAAAGCAAUUUGUAGAACCUACAUUAAUGUUAGAAUGUGCCUUAUUGCACAUCAUGUGCUCUGUUAAAAUGCUCUCAGUCUGAACUUUGGUGAACUGUAUUUCAAAAUGUAAAAGGUAUUUUAAAGCAUCUGCUUUAAUUGAAUGCCAUGCAAUCAUCACCUUGAGUUUUUGUGCAUUUUUGUGUGUUUUGGGACAUUAGGGUUUGUUCAUCAUGUUUUUGAGUGUCAUGGACUAAUAUUUAAUGUGACCAUUGAAAGAAGUUGUGUUAAACUUCUGACAUAUCUUCAACCUAUUUUUCGACAAGUUCUGAGCACUUUAUAUCUGACUAAUAGAACUGCUGUAAUAUUAGAUAGCCAGUGCCUUCUGGGUUUUUUUAAGUGUACAGUUAUAUUCCAAGAUUUCGACAUUUUCUGUUUGUAAGACUGAAAAAUGCCUCGAAUUCACAUAAGUUGAAAUGCAAGAAAUAAAUGCCUCCUUUUUAAAUUC